AUCGUAUCGCUCUGCCUUUGAUCUGGAGUCUCGUCUUUCGUGAGCCCUUUUCCCUCUCGAUCUCUCUCUCUUCCGGCGCAGUUGUUCGUCGCAUCCAGCAAAUCCUUGUGUUUGAAGCCAACGGGUCCACCGGCGGAUCUUAUCGCAUCUCUCGCUAGUCCCCUUCGGGUUCUCUUCUAGAACCUUUUUCUCUUCUUUUCGUCUCUUCUUUCUUCACCUUCUCUUCCUCCCCACCUCCCCCCCUCGCCCUUUUCUCUUCACCAUGACUCAACCCUCCACGAUCACUCAGCGCUUUCUCUCUAAGCCCAGCCACCUUGGCGUGGUGGCCGUUGGUUUCAAUGGAGGCCAGUGCCAAUCCGGCGUCGAAGCGGCCCCCCAGGCUCUCAUUGAGGCCGGUCUCCUCGAUCAACUGCGCGACGAUCUGGGUUACGAGCUUCACUACGACCAAACCGUCCACUACUACGAGAAGAACAUCCCCGCUUCCGACCCCGACCACCGAGGCAUGAAGAAGCCCCGUGCCGUGAGUGCCGUGACCGAGACUCUGAGCUCGCAGGUCUACGAGCAUGCCAAGGACGGCAAGUUCGUCCUGACGCUGGGAGGUGAUCACUCCAUCGCCGUCGGUACCAUUUCCGGAACCGCCAAGGCCGUCCGCGAGCGAUUGGGCCGCGAAAUGGCCGUGAUCUGGGUUGAUGCCCAUGCCGACAUUAACGUCCCCGAGAUGAGUCCCAGCGGGAACAUCCACGGCAUGCCCAUGGCCUUCCUGACUCGGUUGGCCCGCGAGGAGCAGAAGGACAUCUUCGGCUGGUUGAAGGACGAGCACAUCAUUAGCACGCGCAAGCUGGUCUACAUUGGUCUGCGGGACGUGGAUCGCGGCGAAAAGCAGUUGCUCCGGGAGCACGGGAUCAAGGCAUUCAGCAUGCACGACGUUGAUCGGUACGGUAUUGGCCGCGUCGUCGAGAUGGCUCUGGCUCACGUCGGUAACGACACGCCGAUCCACCUGUCGUUUGACGUCGAUGCGCUGGAUCCCCAGUGGGCGCCCAGCACCGGCACUCCGGUGCGUGGCGGACUGACCCUGCGCGAGGGCGACUUCAUUUGCGAGUGUGUGCAUGAGACGGGCAACUUGGUGGCGAUGGACCUUGUCGAGGUCAACCCCAGCCUCGAGUCGGUGGGUGCGUCGGAAACCAUCCGCACCGGGUGCUCGUUGGUCCGCAGUGCUCUGGGUGAUACCCUCCUGUAAGGUGGCCGUGGAUGUAUAGAACAUAGCUAGACGGUUUCUUUUUUGUUUGAUGUCUGUAAUAUUCCCCAUGGAUAUGAAUUGAAAUGAAUGAUUUAAAA